AUGGAAGCAAUCAAUGACAGCUCAGGUGGGGAUUUCAUCUUAGUGGGCUUCUCUGAGUAUCCUGAGUUGGAGCUGAUCCUCUCCCUUUUUGUCCUGAUAUUCUACAGCAUAAACCUUGUGGGUAAUGUGGCCAUCAUCUCACUCUCGAUUCUGGAUGCUCGGCUCCAUACACCCAUGUACUUCUUUCUCAGAAACAUUUCUGUGCUCGACCUCUCUUUUACCACUAGCAUUGUGCCCCAGAUGCUGGUGAACAUGUGGGGAGGCAACAAGAAGAUCAGUUAUGCUGGCUGCAUGGUCCAGUACUGGGUGGCCUUGGCACUUGGCUCCACUGAGUGCGUACUCCUUGCCGUGAUGGCGGUUGAUCGCUAUGUUGCAGUUUGUUGGCCUCUCCGCUACACCACCAUUAUGCACCCCAAAUUGUGUCACCUCCUGGCAGCAGCUUCCUGGUCCUCUGGCUUUGCCAACUCCUUUCUACAGUCCUCAAUGGCCAUUGUGCUACCUCGCUGUGGAAACCGGCGUGUGGACCAUUUCUUCUGUGAGCUGCUGAUCAUUGUUAAACUCUCCUGUGUGGAUACUGGCCCAGCAGAGUCCAAAAUGUUUAUUGCCCGGCUAAUCAUUCUAGCUGUGCCUGUCUCCAUCAUCUUGACCUCUUAUGUGUGUAUUGCCAGGGCAGUCGUGAAAAUGCGCUCAGCAGAGGGAAGGAAAAAGGCUUUUGGGACUUGUGCUUCCCACCUAAUGGUGGUCUCACUCUUCUAUGGAACCACUAUGUUUUUGUAUCUACAACCAAAGGACAACUACUCUCAGGACCAGGGCAAAGCACUUGCAGUGCUCUACAUGAUUCUUGCUCCCACUCUCAACCCGCUGAUCUACACACUGAGGAACAAGGAUGUGAAGAAAGCAGUUAGGAAGCUUAUGGGGAAGGAGCAGGCAUAG